UUUUGUCAGGCGCGAUGUCGCUGAUUGCUGGUGAUAUGAUCAGGACUACUUGUCGUUGCGUGGGCUCUUUCCGUAUCUCUCGGACCAUAAUUAUCUUGCUGCUGUUCUCUGGACAAGCCAGUCACCUCGUCUGUUUUGGCUACCAUUGUGUUCGAACUCUUGAAAAAGUAUAGCCAAGUUCCAGAGACUCGGUGGGCUGUUUGACACUGCCCUAGUUGUCACCAACUCUCUGUCCAAAAUGUCUUCCUCCCCGAACACGUCAGAAGAAGAAGGAAAUCAACGGACGAUGGGAACUGAGCCACCCAAGAAUACGCCUCCGUAUAUUCCGGUGGCGGAUUCCAAAGACCAACGACCGACGCUUACUGGACAGGCAUUCGAUGGGACUCAUCAACAGGUACAGACAGGGCUGCAAGCUGCAGGGACAAAUGUCACUCCAGUACAGCCUGAUUCCAACAAUAGCUUAACUCAGCCUAUUGGUCAGCAGCAUAGCCAUAUUGGACAGCCUGUCAACACUGGUGACUUCAGAGGAGUUAGCAGUGGUACUAAGGGUGGUCCAGGAUCAUCAAUACCAGAGUCACCAGUGGGUCUCCCACCACAUCCGCAACCAACCAUUAGUACUAUUUCAUCACCAAACAGUGUCCCAGAACUGCUUGACACAAUGGCCAGCUGUAACCAUCCUGCGGAAAUGCAUGCCAGCCGUCCAGACACCCCACUGAACCAUCUAGAACAAGGCGAAAAUUAUCAAUCAGAUAACCUGUCUGAACCUCCAUCGCCAUUGCUUGACGCACAUCCCAGACAUCAGUGUCACUGGCAUGUGAAUAACGGUCAAGAGUUAUGUGGGGUGACUUUCUCUGAUGUCUCCGAACUAGCUGAGCAUAUAAGUGACGAUCAUCUCCAACAGAAGGACACUAAUAAACAUGUCACACAGGAGGGUGGUAAUAUCCACUUCUGUCACUGGGACCAGUGUAAACACACCAAAGGAUUCAGGGACCGACAUAUGCUUGUCAAUCAUACACGAGUUCAUACAGGUGCAAAACCCUUUGUCUGUAAUCAUCCAUCUUGUCAUCCAAGGAAAUCCUUCACACGUUCCCCAAACUUGAAGAAACAUAACCUGGCCCACACAGGGAAGAACCCAAUUCCUUGUUCGUUCCCGGAAUGUACGAAAACAUUCGCCGACUCCUGGGGUCAAAAGAGGCACAUGGUCGUGCACACGAAAGAUAGGCCCUACCCAUGUGGGCACCCAGGAUGUACGAAGAGGUAUACGCAACCAAACAGGCUUAAAGAGCACUCUAAAAAGCACACCAAGCUGCAUGACGUUCAAAAUGCAGCCCAUGGCGACAACAUAGCCACCAAAGCCAGCACCAGAAGCAGCAUGAGCAACAGGGCAGCCUACCUACAGCCUACCAGAACUGACUCAGAACAGACGGCUUCUUCAGCAGCAACAUAUUCACUUCCCAUACCCGCCAGCACAGUAGAUGGAACAACAACCUCAUGGUCAACAUCCAGAACAGCAACCCUAGAGACACAAUCAUCACCAGCAUCUACCAGCACUUACAACCACACAUCAGCUACUGUCAUCGCUAGUGAAAACCUAACACAACAAUUUGAUGCAGCAGCAGUCGGUAUCACUGCAGGACGGGGCACAGAAACCACUGCCUCAGCAUUAGAAUCAGCAACACUCUCUCCCAUCCCCACGGCAGCUGUAUCACCAGCUGUAGCUGCAUCACAAGCUGUAGCUGCACCACUAGCCGUAACUGCAUCACCAGCGAUAGCUGCACCACCAGGGGCAGAGGCAUCACCAGCGGUAGCUUCAUCACUAGCAGUAGCUGCAUCACCAGCAGCAGGUUCAGCUGCAACAGCAUUUUCCACAGCAGCCGAAAGCUACUCAGCCAACACUAUUAAUUAUUCAUAGAGGACAAUUGCUGCACCCAAUACCGCCCUCGCAUGCCGCUCACUCUAUGUCAGUACUGAGAGACCUACCCAAAUAGGCUUAAUUUAGUGAACACACCUUACACGGCUUACAAACCCUGCUCUCCUCAUGAGCUGAAUAACAGCCUUUCCAAAAUAGCACUGCAGCCAGCUUCGUAAAUGGAUGUGUUAAAGGGGAAGUUAAGGCAAAAAUUAAAAUUUCACCAGUUGUAGUCUUCGGGGUGCUGAGUCGAAUGGUCUUGGUCCGAGAAAGCUGAGACACUC